ACUCGUUACUGCACAAGAUCACCCUAUUUUUUUUUUAUUGGAAGAACAAGGUUCUGCAAGGGAGGUGAAAAAUGUACAAAAUGCCUAUCUGUGUGCUACAGCUAAGUAGAGUGGUGAUGAACCACAAGCUCUGGGCUGUGUUUAUCAUCACCUUUAAGUUCAUGUCCUUUGUUUCCAUCAUGUUCUAUUGGAGAAUCACUGAGGAUGCCAAAAGCAAGACUCUGCUCCAUGGGCUGCCUCUGGAAGUCAAAUGUCCUCAAUCUGUGCUUUCUCCUCCCUCACCUGUAUCUGGCAGGCCACCUCCGCUGCCAGGGGAUAUAUUCUUUGUGGAGACCUCAGAGCGAACCAACCCAAGCUUCCUCUUUAUGUGCUCUGUGGAAUCAGCAGCCAGGGCUCACCCUGAGACUAAAGUUGUCAUUCUUAUGAAGGGCUUGGCAAAUAGAAAUUUCACUCUGCCAAAACACUGGGGUUUCUCCCUGCUAAGCUGCUUCCCCAAUGUGGAAAUACGGCCACUGGACUUAAAUGACCUUUUCUCUGGUACCCCCUUAGCUACAUGGUAUUCGGUGGCCCAGCACCGGUGGGAGCCUUAUUUCUUACCCAUACUUUCUGAUGCCUGUAGGAUUGCUAUCAUGUGGAAAUUUGGGGGUAUCUAUCUAGACACAGAUUUCAUAGUCCUUAAGUACUUAAAGAACCUCACCAAUGUGCUUGGAAUCCAGUCCAAAUAUGUAUUGAAUGGGGCUUUCCUCUCCUUUGAACCCAAACACAAGUUCAUAGAGCUUUGCAUGCAGGACUACGUAGAGAAUUACAAUGGUUGGAUAUGGGGGCACCAGGGCCCGCAGCUUUUAACCCGGGUCUUCAAAAAAUGGUGCUCUAUCAGAAGCCUCCAGAGCAGUAAAAGCUGUAAAGGAGUCAGUACUCUUCCGAGAGAGGCCUUUUAUCCCAUCCGUUGGCAGGACUGGAAAAAGUACUUUGAAGUGGUCAGCUCUUCAGAGCUUCACAGACUCUUCAAGAACACCUACGCGGUGCAUAUUUGGAAUAAAAAGAGUCAGGGGACAAGAUUUGAGAUCACCUCAAAAGCUUUGCUGGCUCAGUUACAUUCCCACUACUGCCCUUCAACAUAUGGGAUAAUGAAGAAGUAUUUUUGAAAGGAAUCAAUUGACCCACCUGUUGCCUAAUGGGACAAAUGAAGUAGCCAAAACUUCUUCGGCCUUCCAAGCAAAAAUAUAAAUUUGAAAGUGCUUAUUUGUGUGUGAAUCAUCAAACACCCAGCAGUGAGGUGGUGAAAUUAAAAGAUAAAUGUAGGGCAGACUGAACCUAGUUUGAAUGUGGAAGUUACCUAAAGAAUGAACAGUGCUUACCUCAUUUUCCUUCCUUUCCUUACACUCAGGUCUCUUGUUAUUAUUUUGGCUGUGUAAAGGGACCCUAAAACAGGAAUAAAUAUUACACCACUGUGGCAGCAUAAAGAGGUCUUAAAAUGAGAUGAAACAAUCUUUAUGUUGUCAACAUGGAAUAAAGAGGCCUUACUAUAAAUAAAUGACAAAACUGGACCCAGGUCAUUGGUUAAUUCCUGUGAACUCCCAAAUAUCUUCCAAAAAAAAAAAAGUGAGGGCAGCAGAGGGAAAAUAAAUUCAGGAAGGAGUUAAAAGGAGGAUUAGAAAGACCACAAGGGACAAAAUAAGGAAGACAACAGAGAAGAAGGAAAGGAUUAAGAAUUUUUUAAAAUGUUUUUUCUAUUUUUUUUCCUUACUGCAGAAACCAGAGGCUGAAAGGAACUUCCAUAUGUUCCAGCUUAUAUUUAUAUACUUUUAUUUAUAAUGGGACACUGUGCACAAGGAGCCAUAUGCCGUGUAGUCCUUGCUCAGUUCUUAAUGGGGAAAAUUCCCACCCUCUCUAAUGAGGCUUGACCCGGUAAAGAAUUCAAGGUUUGUCCAAACUCUCUUUUUAAGUAAAAUUUCUAAGUAGCCAUGGGACAAACUUUAUUUUAAACACGGGUCAGAAUUUAAUAUGCUAUGAAGAUGCAAGCGAUGGGUGUAUCCAGAUCAUUAAGACAUUCAUUUUAUUGGAAUGAUCUGUGCAUACACCUACCUCAGCUUUCCCCACUCCUUUCAUCACUGUAGCAUCUGAGCAAAUAGUAAUCAUUUUAUCUUCAGUGCCAUGGGGAGGAAAGUACCACUCUCAUAUUUUACAGAUGAGUGGCGGGGGCACUGAGAAAUUUAAGGAUGGGAGUUAGUUGCCCAAAUAUCUCUGAGGAACUGAGCCUGAGCUCCUUGCCCAAGAUCACAUGGGAAAUGCAUGGCAAACUGAGAAUUGAACCUAGGUUUUAUUCUGAACCUCACUUGAGCACUGAACCUGAAAGAUGAUGCUCCUUACACUGUCAGGUCUUCCAUAUUUCUGGCACAACGUAGCCUGGAAGUGCAGGGGUUUUCUGAAUAAAUGCUACUGAAAGCAUGUGACUGAGAAACUUCCUAACUGAUGCAGGAGUGGGGGUGGGGGGGCAGAGAGACGAUAGUUAUGUUGUGGAAAAAGCUGUGUCUUUGCAGGCUCCCAGCACUGGGAUGAGUCCAAGGCGAAACCAUAAAUGCUUUGGGACUCUUUAUCUUGCCAGGAAAUUCCAGGUUUCCAUAAAUUCAGUGUAAAGUAAAUGACAAAUUCUAAAUUUCCCUUCUUGCACAACAGCUGUAGCCAUGUGCUAUGGUUAAUGAAGUUUUGUGGGUGUUACAACAUGUGAAUCUGUCAACUGAUCUGUCGGGGGCGGGUGCGUCAUUGCUGGAGGGCAAUGAAUGGGAUGGCUUUUGCAAUGUUAGAGGAACUUGUCACUGAAGGGAUUGGGUAGAUUGCUGGAUACUGGGGUGGCAAGGAGAAGGAAGCAUUGGGUGGGGGAAGAAAUGUUAAUGGCUCCAUUUUCCAGGUUUUGAGCCUCCAUUUGAGGCUUCUACUGUGGCAAUCUGAGCCCCUCUGCUGUCUUUUAUUCAACAUCCUCCUACAUGGCUGCCUCCUAGAUUGAGACUUAGCCCUGAAAGGGAUUGAACAUCUGCUGUGAAGUGAAUGGGAACUGGAAGAAACUAGUAUCUCAUAGGUAGGGUUGCCAGAUGGUUAAAAAAUAUCAAAUUACCCCCCCCCACACACACACACACAAAUUCUUUUGGGGGGCGGGGGAGACCAAAGUUGUUGAGCAAAAAAAAAAAAGGGGGCUCCAAAAAUUCUACCCUGCCCCCAAAUCCAAGAAUUAAAAUAAAACAGCAUGUCCCCUUUAAGAGUGAGUGAAGGGAUAGGAACAGGGAGUGGCUGAGCACUAAGACCCAGGAGAAAGCAUUGCUUCCCCUAAGUCUUUUGGCCAGCAGCCAUUUUGUGCCUGCAGCCUUGGGGAACCAGGUAAGCAUUGGGGCUAGCGGUGUUGAGAGUCGGGGAGGGGUCUCGAGGUGGGGGGAGGCCAGGCCUGGCCCUGAGUGUUUGUAGGGUUGCCAGGUGCCUAGCAUUUUUGCCUCCUGGCCAGGGAAAAAUUCAGACAAUACCGGAUGUUUUAAGUGUCCAGUAUUCUCUGAUUUUUUUUUUUAAACCAGACAGGAGUCAAAUACUGGUCUGUCCAGGUGAAUACCGGACACCUGGCCACCCUAUGUAGGAGGCACUCCAUGCCUUUUUGGAAUAGGCUCUUCCUAAUUAUGUUGGAGCCAGCUGUAGCCUCUGCAAAGGGGGAAGAUAGGUUGGCUGCCUGCCUCUGUCUUGAUCACUGCUGCUUCUUGCUCUUUGAUUCAGCUGUGAGUCUACAUCCUGAUUUAGAGUACAGCAGAACUGAUGAAGUAAAAGUGACUAGAAGAGAGGUAGGCUGCCAGAUAAUGCAUCAGUCUGGGUGUGUACACUCUAACACAAGAUUUAUAGUAAAAGGGGGUCACCCAGGGAGACAGCCAUGUAUUGAGAUGGGGUUGUUAUGGGUAAGUGGACAUCAUCCGUUUCCUACUCUUUACUCAGUAAAGGAAACCACUAAAUAUAUUUCCGACACCUUGCCUGAGCCUUAAAUGGUGGUGGUUUUUUUUUUAAUGAAUAAAGAUGGGCUUGAGCUACCAACUUCAGAUCUAAAAAUACACUUCUCUGAAGUUCCAAGAACAGUGGCUGAUCCAGCACUCAUUUCAUGAACAUGACUAACACGGAAUCCUAAUGGGAUGGUAUGAUCUGGCACUGCUGGAAAACCACUUCAACUCAUGAUCCUACCAUCACCUCUGACCCAAUCUGACCUUCAAAUCUGCAGCUGCUUCAGGACUUCUGCUUCCCAGCUCAAACACAAGCAAGCACAGACUUGCUCAGCUGAGCCAAGGCAGUGAGUAAAAUGAAGGACAGCUUGAAGCAUAGCAGGAUACAAACUCUUUAUUUCUCUGUUCACUUGCAGCCAUGCAAAUGGCAGAAACUGCCAUGUGAAAACUGACCCACUAGGGAACUCAUCCCCUUCACCUCACAAGGCUAAGAGUCAUCUGGUCUGGGAUUUAACUUCCUCCUAAAGUUUAGGUCUCACACUUAGUUUUGCUCAUCUUCUAUACGUUCUACAGUCAUUUUGGAUCUCUUUGGUUUCUCCACAGUCCCCACCAAGUGUACUUACCAAAACAUGCAGCCCCAGGGUCAGUGUAAAAUGAUAUCCUGUCUCCAUCCAUUGGAGCCAAACUGUACUCAUUGUAGCUUUGCUUAGUCCUACCUCAUGAACACUUUACAGCUGUGACAUUAGCAUUGAUAGCCCAUCUCUUCUCUCCCCCCUCUUCUCCCCCCCCCGUUGUAUCAGGCAAAAAUAGCAGCUGCACUAUCUAAAUCAGAGACGAGCAAACUGUGCUGCAUGUGGCCCGUUGGGGUUCUGUGUGGGGCCUAUGAGAAUAUAUUUUGUUUACCAUUGACCCCAUGCAUGGUUGCCAAAUUCUGCUGGUUUCCAUCUACAUAGUGUGUUUUUUUUUUUUAACCUACUGGUAUUAGAAAAGUGACAUGUACAGUAAAGCACGGGCACAUGAAUUGCACACAUUGACUGAGAGCUGUGUGCCUCCCUCUGCAGCCAAACAAAAUGCUGCUAUGGUUCAAUUGGCACAGCCUGCAAAUUCUAGGUACUCAAGUGCAGUUAGCAAAACUACCCUAUCCCAGGUGACUUGUCUUGGUUACAACAACCUUGCAGCCUACUAAGAUGGAGGAGGGCCACUCAUGAAGCCUAGGUUGCAUCUCACUGAUUUAAUUGGGUAAAAAUGCAGGGAAUUGCAGGCUGGAACAGAUCCCUGGUCUGUGUAGUAUGGUAUCCUAUUUCGAGUAUUUCUCUCUUACUUGCCCUCAGUCCAGCUGAGCAGUGAAAGGUUGGCUGAACCAGGGACAGCCCAGUGAUCAAGGCAGAGCUUAGUUUAGUCAGGCUGCCUCAGUGUUCAUUUUAUUUGCUCACACUCUAUGCCUCUGAAUGUCAUGUGAAAUAUAGCACUGUUUAUGUGGAAAAGUGCCUUUUCCUAUAAUGGCCUAUUUCACUGCAACUCUCAACCUGCAUAAAGAGUUUUGCACUAAUAUGUUGUCUCUCCUGCUGUCAAUAGAACAGAGGUCAGUUUGUUAAACUGAGAGGGAGUUCCUCAGUUGUAGAACAUGGGAAGUUGGAUCAGUUGUGUCCUUACAGAUUCGUUUGAUAUGAUUCAUGGUCAUUUAAUAUCAAGCUAGUCUAGACUGUAGUGAAAUGAAUAAGGGCCGCCUUUGCACAUUAAGGAUCAUGUAUCUUGGAUAUCUCCAUUCUAACAGCUGCCUUAGUGAUCUUGAUAAUACAGAUAAAAAGGGUGCCCAAUGGAAAUCAAAUAGUUCAUCAACAUGGUAUCUCCAUGUUGAGGAAAAUCCAUAUGGCGUGACCCUCUCAUCCAUGCAUGAGGAAACAGGAUAAUCAAUAAUGGUUGUAUUUGAGUCUUUUGCCCCUAUUAUCCCACCUCAAGUGAUACACGGCAGAUCUGAUUUUAAAAAAUGGAUAAAAUAUUGUUCUAUCACAAUGCAGCUUUGACUAAAACAAUAUUUUUUUGCAGGAACAUAAUUGGGUUUUUUUACUAAAUUUUACAAUGGGUAUAAGGCAAAACAUUGUGUUUCAAAUAAUUUUUAUUUGGAUUUUGGUAUUAAAAAUAUAUGUAAUAUUUUAAUAUACUAUGACAGUUGCAACAAAAUGACUGGUGAUUGAAACAUUUAAAAUCUAUUGAGAUGAAGUGUUAGUUUUGUGUUUGUUUAAUCUUUGGCUCAAACAAUAUAACUUUGGCUUUGAUUUGGAACAGCUUUUUUUUGGCUUACUUUCCUGCAGAAUGUCAGACUCUCCUAUAGAAUAGAAAUUGUGGCUCCCAACCAGGUUUAAUAAGCUAUGAUGUAUCUGAUAAACCAGCCAAAUGCAGUUCAAUGUGAUAGAAUCAUUAUUGAGAGAGGAAAGGGAAAUUUUGGUUGAAAAAUCAAAAAAGCUUGAAGUGGUCAACUUGAGUAAGUCAGAUCAGUCUUUCCUUGAAGACUGUCAAAAUGUAAUGGGUGUUCCUGUUAUAUUGCACCAAGAUAUGGAAACUGUUGAGGACUCUUUUUUUUUUUUUUUUUAAAGCUGUACGUAGGGCUUAUAUUGAUGAUUGAAAUAAAAGAGAAGAACAGUUCACUGUAAUCUUUUCUCACUUUUUUUGUGGUACUGCCUUUACGAGACAGUUGGGGUCAGGAUUUUAGCUUCUAGGCAAAAUAGGCUCUUGCAAUAUUGUAGAAUCUCCUGGGGUGGGGAGUUUUAAAAGUUUUGCUCUUAUUUUGAGUUUUGGCAUGGGUAGAGACCACAGGCAUUGUUUUUAUUGCCAGAGAUCCUGAAUAAAAAAUGCUGGCAUAUUUUAAAAUAAAGAAUUUGUGCUGUUUUGUCUGGAUAAUGCCAUUUGAUGCCUUUUCAGAAAUGAUCUCUUUUUUUAAGAAGGUAAAACCAAAGCAGCCUUUGGCUUUUUCCUACUGUUCAAUGUUUGGGGGGCGGGGGAGGGAGGGGAGAUGUAAUUUUUAUCUUUUUUUCAAGUUUUUACAAAUUGUUUCAUUUUGUUUGUGAUUGGUGAAACUUCCUAUAUUCUGCAUUAGUUAUUGUCAAGACAUGAAAUUUUCAUCUCUUCACAAGAAAAACCUUGAAUAAUUCUUUGGUAACCUAUUUAAAAAAAGGUUGGUGAUUGUGGUCCAGAAAAUGGACUGAUGUCUACGAUGUAAGAAAUUGUACUGUGAUUUACACUACAGGCUGAACUCUCUUGUCAGGCAACAUCCGUGGUCCAGCAUGAUUUUACUUAGCCAGAUAUCCAUUUACCAUGGAUGUGGCCAUGUUUCCUGCAGUCCCAUUAAAAACUGUUUAUAGCCACCAGUGUUCUGAGCUGUUAUUUAGCUCUGUUUUACUCCUAAAUGUCUAAGAGCCCUGUAAGCAGUGGGAGUGUUGGUAAUGCUGCUAGACGUUAUUGACCUCUGUAGUCUGGCAAAUUCUCUGGUUCAGAAUCGGUCCGCUCCGAAGGGUGCUGGACUAGAGAGGUUCAACCUGUCCUGUUAUCGGUGAAGUCAAUAAUCAAGCCCUUAAACUAGCAUUGAUAUUUAACCAGCCUUUUGGUCUUAAUUGUGGAAAACUUGCACUUCUACUGACCUACCUGUAUUCUGGGACCUGAUCCAAAGCCUGUAGAAACGAGUCUUUCCAGGGACUCCAGUGUUUUCAGAGGAAGGUACAGUAAUGGAUGAAUAAAUAAAGAACCUUGUGCACCAGUGCUCAUUUUGAUCACCAAAUUGGCUUAUUUGUAAAAUUAAAUAUGUAGCUCCCAGGUUUGUCUUGUAAGGUUCAGAUAGGCAGUAAAAUUGGCAGGUUUAUAAACACACAGCCCUGUGUGAAUAUGCAAAUACCUGAUGAUGAUUUUUCAGUGAUUAAAUAUUGGCUCAGCUUUAUUUCUGUAGCUUUGCAAUGGCAGAUUGUGUUCUGUUGUUCUCAAAUGUAUCUGAUAAUUAUUUCCAGUAUGUUUAAAUCAUGUUAACUGUAAAGUGACUGAAAUUUUACUAUGAUCAUACUGGAUCAUGAAUGAAGGGAACAGAUUUCACUUUUAAUGUACAAAUAUUAAACAUGUUAAACACUAAA